AUGGGCGCAGGGGCGGUUAUAGAGCCGCUCGUGGUCAUUGUUCUUCUGUUUGGAGGCACCUGGAUUAAUCGGGCCACUGAGGCCUCUUUGUCUCGACGAUUUCCCCGUCGCAGUUCCGUCGAGUAUCCUCGAGCUUCCUCACCUGACUCCCUCGAAUCGGGAUAUAUUUCUCCGACGGCCAAGGAUGGCCUUUUGAGCCCUCGAGCCUCUUCACCAUCGCCGCAGAUUUCGGACGAACGUUGGCACAAGCGCAUCAUUGGUGUCUUUGGCUUUUCCUACAGCGUGACCUCUCCAAACACUGCAGUGUUCCAAGACCGUCUUCUCAGUCGUCUCCUGCGGAGACUGCCCUUUCUAGCUGAAUGUUGGUAUUGGGCUCUGGUGUAUUGGACCUAUCAGCUCGGUCGCGCCUUUACCGCUGUGACGCUAAAAGACGACACCGUCGAUGUCGCCCGACGACAUGCCUUACAAGUUAUUCGACUGGAAGAAACAUUGGGGAUUUUCUGGGAGGUCAAAAUUCAAGCAUACUUCCUCCGGCACCCUCUGUUGAUGACUUGGAUAAAUUGGAUAUAUUCUUUCAUUCAUAUCCCUGGCACGAUUGCGUUCCUCGUGUGGCUAUACUACUAUACCAUUACCCGAAAUCGAAUCAAUGAGCCCCAGCUUGGCAAGCCCCGAGGAACCGUUAGUGGAUCACCUGCAGGCCCGCUACUAUACCAGGCCCGACGUCGGACCCUUGCGGUUUGCAACCUUCUUGCAUUUGUCGUCUUCACCUUAUGGCCAUGCAUGCCACCCCGCCUGCUGAGCGAUCCCUCAGCAGAGGGCCCUGAAGCAGAGCUGGGCCGGGCCUAUGGCUUCGUGGAUACCGUUCAUGGCGUCAAUGGUGCAGGAAGCGUGUGGACAGAAAACCGCUUCUGUAACCAGUACGCGGCGAUGCCAUCUUUGCAUUUUGGAUAUUCUCUCAUGAUUGGCCUUACCAUUAUGACUAUUCCGCUUCCCGCUCACCACCGACGAACACUUCGCCUCCGAGUUGGAUCUCUGGGACUGCGCCUGCCUUCUUGGCGUCGCCUUCUCUGCUUGGCUCUCGGAUUUCUUUACCCCUUCACUAUUCUGGUUGCCAUUGUGUCCACUGCAAACCAUUUUAUCCUCGACGCCGUUGCAGGAGCAUUUGUUUGCGGUCUCGGCUGGUGGUCCAAUGAGAUUCUGUUGAACCUUUUGCCCGUGGAAGAUUACUUCCUUUGGCUUGUCCGAAUUUAUAAGCCGGAACCGUCGUCCUUGCAAGUACCAGACAAUGCUAGUGGUUGGGACUCGGAUGAGUCGGAGUCGUGGAACCCUUGA